GCGUCGAGUUGCACUUCGCUAGCAUCCGGCCUUCGGAGGCCGGUGUUUACGUCUGCACCUGCCGAAACCCCCACUUUACCAACUCCAGCCGCAGCGAGGUCGUCGUCACAGAAGGCCCCAGCAAGGCCAUCUCCGUGACGGUGGAAGAGCAGAAGGUGCAGAACGUGAAAGCAGGCAGCGACGUCACCUUCCUCUGCACGGCCAGGAGCAAGUCCCCCGCUUACACGCUGGUGUGGACACGGCAGAACAACGGGAAGCUGCCCAGCCGCGCCAUGGACUUCAACGGCAUCCUGACUCUCCGGAACGUGCAGCCGGAGGACGCCGGCAUCUACAUUUGCACAGGCUCCAACAUGUUUGACAUGGACGAGGGGAUGGCCACCCUCUACGUGCAAGCUCCAUCGAAGACUCAGAUGUUCUAUGGUCCCGUAGAAAUGGUGGAAGGCCACAGACCUUCUGCCGCUGCUGUCCAGCCCACAGCCGCCAUUGAACCCUCCCAGCUGAGCGUCCAGACGGGCCAACCAGCCGAGUUUCGCUGCAUCGUGACCGGAAGCCCAGAGCCCACCAUAGAAUGGAGCGGAGGACCCGGGGGCGUGAUUUCCCCCAAGGCUGUUAUCCAGGGUGGGACCCUGCACUUCCCUGCGGUGGAGCCUGCCGACGAGUCCCAGUACCUGUGCCGAGUGCGAAAUAGCGUUGGGCAGCACAUGGCCCGAGCUUUCCUGCAAGUGCAACGCACCAGCGUCCCCCAAGUGCAGGUGAGCCCCGAACGGACCGAGGUGCAGGAGGGCAGCACCGUCAGACUGUACUGCCGGGCUGCGGGCUCCCCAGCGGCCACCAUCACCUGGGAGAAAGAGGGCGGCAGCUUGCCUCCCCAGUCCCACUCCGAGAGAACCGACAUCGCCACCCUGGUGAUUCCCUCCAUCACGGCUGCCGACGGAGGGGUGUACCUGUGUGUGGGCAGCAGCCCGAUGGGAGUCGGCAGAGGCCGCAUUGAAGUGGCAGUCAUUCGGGCAUCCGGCGUCUCACCCAUUGUCAAGAUCGAACCUUCAUCUUCUUCGGUCACUGAAGGCCAGGCCUUGGACCUGAAUUGCGUGGUGGCCGGCCACCCUACAGCAUCCGUCGUGUGGUACCGGCGGGGAGGGGCCCUGCCAGCCAACCACCAGAUCUACGGGUCCCUCCUGCGAAUCUUGGAGGUCUCGGCCGCUGACUCCGGGGAAUACGUCUGCCGAAUCAGCAACGGAGCCGGCCCGAAGGAAGCCUCCAUCAAGGUGACCAUCCAGAAGAGCCACACCUCCUCCCAAGGGCCAGUCCGGAUCGACUCUGCCUCCUCUUCCAUCACCGAGGGUCAGUCCUUGGACCUUGCCUGCCAGGUCACUGGCCUCUCGCAGCCCAGAGUCACUUGGUACAAGCGGGAAGGGCCCCUCCCAGCUAAUCGCAAGAUUUCCGGUCUCCAUUUGAGGAUUCUAAAAGCCACAGUAGCCGACUCGGGAGAAUACGUUUGUCGGGUGACGGAUGGUGACAGCGGCGGCGUUCGAGAGGCCUCCGUAGUGAUCACCGUGCACAGCAGCUCCAAAACCUCGGGAGUUACGCCUCCACUCUGGAUCGAGCCUUCGUCACUCUCCCUUGUCCCAGAACAAACCCUGGACUUGAAUUGUGUUGUGGCCGGCCAAACCGGUGCCACCAUCACGUGGUACAAACGAGGCGGAUCCUUGCCAGCCGGCCACCAGGUGUCCGGUUCCCACCUGCGCCUCCCCCGGCUCUCCCCGGCUGACCUGGGGGAAUACGUCUGCCGCGUCAGCCUGGAUUCCCUCACCCGAGAAGCUUCCGUCCUCAUCUCCCUCACCCGCUCUUCUUCCACCUUUGGCGUGGCUCCCCCGGUGAGCAUCAAGGCCUCCUCGUCCGCCAUAGCUGAAGGGCAAACGCUGGAGCUGGACUGUGUGGUUGGCCAUCCGGAGCAGGCCCUGGUUACCUGGUACAGAAGGGGCGAAGCCCUGCCAGCCCACCACCAGGCCUCGGGAACUCGCCUGCGGCUGGUCAAGGUCUCUCCCGCCGAUUCCGGAGAGUACGUUUGCCGGGUCAGCUCCGACGCCGCCAGCCACGAAGUCUCUGUCUUGGUCACCGUCCAGCAACAGGAGGGCAGCCCUACUUUCCCCGCUGGGGUGAUCCCCCCUGUACGGAUCGAGCAUUCUUCCACCGCGCUCUCCGAGGGCCACACCUUAGACCUGAAAUGCAUCGUGGCUGCCUCUGUGCCGCAGGCAAAAGUCACCUGGUAUAAGCGAGGAGGGGCCCUUCCUGCCAGACACCAGGCCUCUGGCUUCCUCCUGCGCAUCCCACAGGCUUCACCAGCGGACUCUGGGGAAUACGUCUGCCGCGUGAGCCACGGCUCGGUCAUUCACGAGGCUUCGCUGGUGGUGACCAUCACAGGUCAAACGGGCUCUCCCUCUGUGGGUGUCACUGCCCCAAUCAGGAUCGAUAGUUCUUCCGCAGUCAUCUCCGAGGGGCAGACCUUGGACCUCAACUGCCUGGUAGCCGGCCAGUCUCAAGCCAGGGUCAUGUGGUACAAGCGUGAGGGUGCCCUCCCCGUCCACAGUCAGAUUUUCGGAACCCGCCUCCGGAUCUCGCAAGUUUCGGCGGCCGAUUCGGGCGAGUACGUCUGUUACGUGAACGAUGGCACCAGCCGACUGGAGACGUCCACCAUCGUAUCCAUUGCCAGCAGCUCAGGCGGCGCACCCACUUCUGGAGUGAUCUCACCGAUACAGAUUGAAUCGUCCUCCUCGUCCCUCGCCGAGGGGCAGACCAUGGAGCUGAACUGCCUUGUGGCUGGCCAGGCGCACCCCAAAGUCAACUGGUUCAAGAGAGGGGGACCCCUCCCACCGAACCACCAGGUCUCGGGCACUCGCCUCCGCAUCCCGCAGGUCUCUUCCGCCCACUCCGGCGAGUACGGCUGCCGCGUCAUCAGCCCCAACGCCGUCCAGGAGGCGGUGUUGGUGGUCACCAUCCAGGACAGCGAAGGCCCCUCCCACCCUGUGGGAACUGCUCCAGUCCUGAGGAUCGAGGCUUCCUCCUCCUCCGCCGUCGAAGGAGAGACCCUGGAUCUGUCAUGCGUUGCUCCAGGCCAGCCCCAGGCCACAUUCACCUGGUAUCGGCGAGAGGGUCAGCUGCCUGCAGGUCACCAGGUCUCCAAUGCCCACCUGCGACUGGUCCGACUCACCCCCGCCGACUCUGGCGAAUACGUCUGCCGUGUGAGUGGAGGCCGCGUCCCGCAAGAGGCGUCUUUCGUGGUCUCCGUCGUAGCCAACACCAGUCCUACUUCCCGUCUGCAGAGCCCCAUCAUCUCCAUCGAACCCCACAGCGUGGUGGUGCGUGGAGGGGAAGACGCCUCCUUCAGGUGCCACGUCCACAAAGGCACCCCACCUCUCAAUAUCACCUGGAAGCUGCCCAACAACCGGCUGUUAGAUAACGUGAGGAUCAGCCCUAACGGCUCUGCGAUCACCAUCUCCAACGCCCGUCUGGAAAACCACGGGGCCUACCGCUGUGUGGUCUCCAACCAGUUUGGCAUUGCCAACAGCUUGGUCAACGUCCUGGUGCAAGGGCUGCCUACCGUCUCGGUGGUGCCGAAGGGGCCCCUGCAGCUCAAAGUGGGCAAGUCCAUCAGCGUGGACUGCCUGGCGGACGGGGACCCCAGGGCUGUGGUGCGCUGGACCAAACUGGGGACCUGGAAGAAGCUGGAGAACCAGAGGAUGCUGCCCUUGGAGAGCCGAGCGGUGCUACAG